CCAAUCGUUGGUAGGAUAGCCCUCAGUAUCUGGAGCUCCCAUUGGUAAAUCAGGUACAGGUUCCGCCUUGUCAUAUUAUGGCACUUUCUAUUGGGUAGCAUUAGUGAACACGAGAAAGGCGGCAUUCUGGGAAUGGUAGUUUCGGGCGGCAAGUGGCGUCUUCAUUCGUGGGGCUUGGUUCUAUACCUUGCAAGAUGAAUGGGAAGCGACCCGCGGAGCCUGGCCCGGCCCGAGUGAGCAAGAGGGGAAAGAAGGAGGUGAUGGCGGAGUUUUCGGACGCUGUCACAGAGAAAACCUUGAAAAAGCAGGUGGCCGAAGCCUGGAUUAAUAGGACGCCAUUCAGUCAUGAAGCCAUUGUCAUGGACAUGGACCCCUUUCUUCACUGUGUGAUCCCAGACUUCAUCCAAAGCCAAGACUUCUUGGAAGGACUUCACAGGGAGCUUUUGAACUUGGACUACCAUGAAAAGUAUAAUGAUUUAUAUAAGUUCCAGCAGUCUGAUGAUUUGAAGAAGAGAAAAGAGCCUCAUAUCACAGCUUUACGGAAACUUCUGUUUGAAAAUUUCCGGGCCUGGCUUUCUGACAUUUCUAACAUAGACCUGGAACCAACCAUUGAUAUGUCCUGUGCUAAGUAUGAAUUCACUGAUGCCCUGCUCUGCCAUGAUGAUGAGCUGGAAGGGCGCCGGAUCGCUUUCAUUCUGUACCUGGUUCCUCCCUGGGACAGGAGCUUGGGGGGCACACUGGACCUGUACAACACUGAUGAACACUUUCAGCCGAAGCAGAUUGUCAAGUCUCUUGUCCCUUCAUGGAACAAACUGGUUUUCUUUGAAGUGUCUCCAGUAUCCUUUCACCAGGUGUCUGAAGUCCUUUCUGAAGAAAAGUCACGUAUAUCUAUCAGUGGCUGGUUUCAUGGUCCUUCGCUGACCAGGCCGACCACCUACAUUGAGCCCCUCAUACCCCGGAACCCUCACAUCCCGCAAGAUCAUGAAAUUUUGUAUGAGUGGAUCAACGCUUCUUAUCUGGACAUGGAAUAUCAAGCUCAAAUUCAAGAAGAGUUUGAAGAAAGGUCUGAAAUUCUCUUGAAGGAAUUUCUUAAGCCUGAGAAGUUUGCAAAGGUCUGUGAGGCAUUGGAGAAAGGAGAUGUGGAAUGGAACAGCCGUGGUCCCCCUAACAAAAGGUUUUACGAGAAAGCUGAAGAGAGUCAGCUCCCUGAUACACUGAAGAACUGCAUGGAGUUGUUUCGCUCGGAGGCAUUGUUCUUGCUGCUUUCCAACUUCACAGGCCUGAAGCUUCAUUUCUUGGCCCCUUCAGAAGAAGAUGAAAUCAAGGACAAGACAGAAGGAGAAGCAGCCUGUGGGACUGCUGGUAGCACUGAAGAGGGGACUAGCCAUAGCUCCUCAGAGAAUAAUCAGGCAGCCAUCAUUGACAACAGCCAACAGAGCAGUGAACAGAUAGACUCAGCGCCAGGGAAAGAAGCAGCAAAGAAAAAGUCGAGUGUUCCCACCUGCCAGGGGGAACUGAGGCGUUGGAGGACUGGUCACUACACUUUAAUCCAUGACAACAGCCAGACUGAAUUUGCCCUGGACUUAGUUCUUUACUGUGGCUGUGAAGGUUGGGAGCCAGAGUAUGGUGGCUUUACUUCCUAUAUUGCCAAAGGUGAAGAUGAAGAGCUGCUAAUAGUGAAUCCAGAAAACAAUUCUUUGGCAUUGGUCUACAGAGAUAGAGAGACUCUGAAGUUUGUCAAGCAUAUUAACCAUCGAAGCCUAGAACAAAAGAAAACUUUCCCAAAUAGAACUGGCUUCUGGGACUUUUCAUUCAUCUAUUAUGAAUAAGAGGACUGGGCAAAGGUGAACAAAAGAAGAGACCCCCUCAGUCAGUAAGAGGGGGUCUGGAAGAUCAAGGCAUAGAGAGCAGGAGAGCUGUGUGGCAGGCUCUCCAAC